AUGUGGGGCUGGAGCGUGGCUCUGUGGCUCUUGCUGGCUCUGCGCACUGUGCUCGGCCAAGUCGAGGUCCGAUGGUGCACCACAUCAGAUCCAGAGCAGCAGAAGUGCAGCGACAUGAGCAAGGCCUUCCAGGAAGCAGGCAUCCAGCCCUCCCUCCUCUGCAUCCAGGGCAUCUCUGCUGACCACUGUGUCCAGCUCAUCACGGCCCAGGAGGCUGACGCCAUCACUCUGGAUGGAGGAGCCAUCUAUGAAGCGGGGAAGGAGUACGGCCUGAAGCCUGUGGUCGGCGAAGUGUAUGAUCAAGAGGUUGGGACCUCCUAUUAUGCUGUGGCUGUAGUCAGGAGGAACUUCAAUGUGACCAUCAACACCCUGAAAGGAGUGAAGUCCUGCCACACGGGCAUCAACCGGACAGUGGGCUGGAAUGUGCCUGUGGGCUACCUGGUGGAGAGCGGCCGCCUCUCAGUGAUGGGCUGCGACGUGCUCAAAGCUGUCAGUGACUAUUUUGGGGGCAGCUGCGUCCCAGGAGCAGGAGAAACCAGAUAUUCGGAGUCUCUCUGUCGACUCUGCCGGGGUGACACCUCUGGGGAGGGUGUGUGUGACAAGAGCCCCCUGGAGAGAUACUAUGACUACAGCGGAGCCUUCCGGUGUGUGGCAGAAAAGGCAGGGGACGUGGCCUUCGUGAAGCACAGCACUGUGCUGGAGAACACCGAUGGGAAAACUCUGCCCUCCUGGGGCCAGACGCUGCUGUCCAAGGACUUUGAGCUGCUAUGCAGAGACGGCAGCCGAGCCGACGUCACUGAAUGGAGGCGAUGCCACCUGGCUCGGGUGCCUGCACACGCUGUGGUUGUCCGGGCUGACAUGGACGGGGGCCUCAUCUUCAGGUUGCUCAAUGAAGGCCAGCGUCUCUUCAGCCAUGAGGGCAGCAGCUUCCAGAUGUUCAGCUCUGAGGCCUAUGGUCAGAAGAACCUGCUGUUCAAGGACUCUACCACGGAGCUCGUGCCCAUCGCCACUCAGACCUAUGAGGCAUGGCUGGGCCGCGAGUACCUGCAUGCCAUGAAGGGUCUGCUCUGUGACCCCAACCGGAUGCCCCACUACCUGCGCUGGUGCGUGCUCUCCACACCCGAGAUCCAGAAGUGUGGUGACAUGGCGGUGGCCUUCAGCCGGCAGAGGCUCAAGCCUGAGAUCCAGUGUGUGUCGGCCCAGUCUCCCCAGCACUGCAUGGAGCAGAUCCAGGCUGGGAACAUUGAUGCUGUGACCUUGAGGGGCGAGGACAUUUACACAUCAGGGAAGGUGUAUGGCCUGGUCCCCGCGGCUGGGGAACUCUACUCUGAGGCAGACAGGAGCAGUUCAUACUUCGUGGUGGCUGUGGUGAGGCGGGACAGCUCCAACGCCUUCACCUUGGACGAGCUGCGUGGCAAGCGCUCCUGCCACUCAGGCUUCGGCAGCCCAGCAGGCUGGGACGUGCCAGUGGGCGCCCUCAUCCAGAGAGGCUUCAUCAGGCCUCAGCACUGUGACAUCCUUACAGCGGUGAGUGAGUUCUUCAAUGCCAGCUGCGUGCCUGUGAACAACCCCAAGAACUAUCCUUCCUCUCUGUGUGCCCUCUGUGUGGGGGACGAGCAGGGCCGCAACAAGUGUGUGGGCAACAGCCAGGAGCGGUACUACGGUGACAGUGGCGCCUUCAGAUGCCUGGUGGAGAAUGCAGGGGACGUUGCCUUCGUUAAGCACACGACUGUCUUUGACAACACAAACGGCCAUAAUUCCGAGCCCUGGGCCGCUGCGCUGAAGUGGCAGGAGUAUGAGCUGCUGUGCCCCAACGGGGCCCGGGCUGAGGCCAACCAGUAUGAAGCCUGCAACUUGGCGCAGAUACCAUCCCAUGCUGUCAUGGUGCGGCCAGACACCAACAUCUUCACUGUGUACGGACUGCUGGACAAGGCCCAGGACCUGUUUGGAGACGACCACAAUGCAAACGGGUUCAAAAUGUUUGACUCCUCCAAAUACCAUGGCCAAGACCUGCUUUUCAAGGAUGCUACAAUCCGGGCAGUGCCUGUAGGGGAGAAAACCUCAUACCUUGACUGGCUGGGGCCUGACUACRUGGCAGCUCUGGAAGGGAUGCUGUCUCAGCAGUGCUCCGGCACAGGUAGGGCCCUGUCACAUCCCCCUGGCAUUACUUAG